CCGAUGACGCCGGUGCUGUACUAUCUGCCACCAUCGCCACCGUGCCGUUCGGUGCUGCUGCUGGCCAAGAUGAUUGGCGUGGAGCUGGAGCUGAAGGUCCUGAACGUCGCCGAAGGCGAGCAGCUGAAGCCGAACUUUGUCGAAAUGAACCCGCAGCACUGCAUACCGACGCUGGACGACCACGGUCUGGUGCUGUGGGAGAGCCGAGUUAUUCUGUCGUAUCUUGUAUCAGCGUACGGAAAGGAUGAAAACCUCUACCCAAAGGACUUCCGUUCACGUGCGAUCGUCGAUCAGCGCUUACAUUUCGAUUUGGGAACACUUUACCAGCGCGUCGUCGACUAUUACUUCCCAACAAUUCAGCUCGGAGCACAUCUCGACCAGACCAAAAAAGCGAAACUGGCCGAAGCGCUCGGUUGGUUCGAGGCGAUGCUCAAACAGUUCCACUGGUCGGCGGCGAACCAUUUCACGAUAGCGGACGUCGCGCUGUGCAUCACGGUUUCGCAAAUCGAAGCAUUCCAGUUCGAUCUGCUGCCGUACCCGAAGGUCCGUGCUUGGUUGCAGAAGUGUAAGGACGAACUCGAACCGCACGGUUACAAGGAGAUCAAUGAGGCGGGCGCGGAGACGCUAGCGGGCCUCUUCCGGUCGAAACUCAAGCAGUAGCGCUCCGUCCGGAACGCACCCGUGCCUUAGGUCCGUCGAUAAACUUUGAUUUUUAUGUUAGAUGUAAAACAACAACAAACCACACUGAACUAAACAUACCAUUUUACCAAAGGAACUGAAUGGACUGUAGAGUAGACCAAAACCGAAAUUUAUCUUUUGGU